UACGACGGCUUCAUCCCACCAACCUCUGGGAACCAGUGGGCUAUGGCAUUCGGCGGCAGCGGCAACAUUAGCAUUCCAGAUUCGCCGCCCAAACAAACCUUCUCCCUCGAUUCCUUCUCCUUCGCCUGCGUAUCUGGCGUCCCACAACCCGAAUGCGCAAUCAGCAUCUGGGGCUGGAAGAAGAACGGUCAAGUCAUCAAGCGUGAAAUCACCUUCCCUCGCCUGGACCCUGGACAUGUUAUCGAGGAUUUCAAGAUGAACAGGACCGAGUUUCCAAGGCAGUGGCGUGAUCUGAAGAGUGUGGGAUUCAGCAUUGCGAGGAAGGAUAAUGGUGAAAGUAUGUAUGGUGGCUUGGCGUUGGAUGAUGUGAAGUAUACUAUUGAGCAACACUGAGCGUGGUCCGAAAAGGCUGAGCA